CAGAGGCAACUGAGUAAACAUGCAUAGUCUGGAGCCUUUCGUCAGGGGUGUUUGGGGAAAGAAAGAGGAUGAUUCCUGGCUGGAAGGGUGCUUUUGAAAGUGGAAAUUAUUUUAUUAUGUGAAAGGAGGCAACGCUCAGAGGCAAGAAUGGACGACAAGUACACCUCAAAACUGUCCCCAGCUGUUGAUUAUGCAGCAGGCAUUUACCUGGUGAUUAUAGCUGUGCUGUCCAUCCUGGGGAAUGCGGCCGUUCUCAUCACUGCUGCUCAGAGGAAGAGGCUCCUCAAAGCACCUGAGCUGCUCAACGUCAACUUGGCCGUGACAGACAUCGGCAUGGCCCUGAGUAUGUACCCGUUCUCCAUCUCCUCGGCCUUCAACCACGCCUGGAUCGGCGGUGACCCCACCUGCCUUUACUACGGUCUGAUGGGAAUGAUUUUCAGUGUGGCUAGCAUCAUGACUCUGGCCGUCAUGGGACUCGUUAGAUACCUGGUGGCAGGUGCCACCCCCAAAUCAGGUAACAAGUUCCAGCGCAGCACCAUUGGCAUGUACAUCGCCCUCAUCUGGCUCUACGCCCUGAUGUGGGCGGUCUGCCCCCUGCUGGGCUGGGGUGGCUAUGGCCCCGAACCAUAUGGCAUGGCCUGCUCGGUCGACUGGGCCAGCUACCAGAACUCGCUCAACGACUCCACCUUCAUCAUGGCCCUGACCGUGCUGUGCACCAUCCUGCCAUGCCUGGUCAUCGUGUUGUCCUACUCGGGCAUCGCCUGGAAGCUGCACAAGGCCUACCAGACCAUCCAGAACAGCAACCACCUGCCCAACUAUGGCAACGUGGAGCGGAAGGUCAUUCUGAUGGCUGUGUUGAUCAGCUCUGGCUUCUUGGUGGCAUGGACGCCCUACGUGGCCAUCAGUCUUUGGACCAUGUUCCACACCGCAGGCAAGGACAGCGUGACUCCGCUCGUCAGCCUGCUGCCGUGCCUGUUCGCCAAGGGCUCCACCGCCUACAACCCGCUCAUCUACUAUGUCUUUCGGAAGUCCUUCCGCCGUGAGCUGCGCAAUCUCUGCGGGCUGUGUUGCUGCUGCCCGUGCUGCCACGUCUGUUGCUGCCUGCAGACCGACUUGACCUCUGAUAAAGACGAGGGCGACGAUGGCUAUGACACGGCCAGCAACCUCCGGUGGCGCAACAGCAGUCGGGAUAACCGCAGCGCCGCGCCACUAGUGUCGCACUCCGCAGCUCCCCCUGGCCUCCUCAACCAAGAGCAGAUGAGUUCCUGCUGA